CACCAACACAACUCCUCCAAUAUGUAUUACGGUGUAACGGGUUUAUGCACAGCACAGACUAACGAAUAUACCCGAACAGGAACUAUACGCCAACCGCAGUAAUAAAAUAGGGAUGGAGUUUGGAAUUUCCAUGAAACAUAUCAUUGAGUGAGACAAAUGGUAAAGUAUUGGCAGUUGCCGUAGUGGGUAGCUUAACUACUUUUACGCUGCUUAACUUCUGAAAGUUUUUCUUUUGGGUGAUUCCGACUCGGAGAGGAUUGGCAGGACAUAGUAACAUUCAGCGACUGGAAGGAUAAGGACCAACCCAGCUGUAAUUUACAAUCUCACUUUUAAAACAACUGAAGGAACUGUGACCGGGAUACUUACAAGGACAUUUGUGUCAAAUAAGUGCAGGGGCAUUUGGGACCCCUGCUUACAAAGGUGGUAGUGUUGCAGCAACGGAAGAAUCCAUGGAGGACUAUGGCAAUUACACCUACGAUUAUCUGGAGUAUGGAGACUUCGAAGAAGAAGAAGUCAGCGAUGGAUACUCCCAGAAGGAGGCUAUGCACAUCAUAUCCGUAGUCAUGUAUAGUAUUUCAUUUGUGCUCGGUGUCACUGGAAAUGGAAUAGUCAUAUGGGUGACGGCAUUUAAAAGCAAACGGACAGUGAACAGUAUAUGGUUGCUGAACAUGGCUAUAGCAGAUUUUGUGUUUGUGCUCUUUUUACCCUUCUCCAUCGACUACGUGCUUCGAGACUUCCACUGGUCCUUUGGGCUGGUCAUGUGUAAGCUAAACUCGUUUGUGUCUGUGAUGAACAUGUACGCCAGUGUGCUCUUUCUCAUGAUGCUCAGUCUAGACAGGUAUGUCUCAUUAGUCCACCUUAGCUGGUCUCAGAGGUGUCGCAGUGUGUGGCGAGCCUGGGUCGUAUGUGGCUGUGUGUGGGGGGUAUCUGCUCUACUGAGCCUCCCCACCUUGAUAUUCCGUGACACUAUGAGUUUACGUGACCGGGUGGUGUGCUUCAACAACUUCAAUGUCCAGGAUGGACAUACAGCUGCUGUGAGACACAUUACGUUGGUGGUCGUCCGUACCUCGGUGGGAUUCCUACUGCCCUUCAGUGCCAUCUGUGUGACUGGAAUUCUCCUGGUAAUCAAAGUCCACCAGUCUGACGAUUCUGUGUACCUGUCUAGCUUUUCUAAGACAGUUUCCGCUGUCAUUCUGGCCUUCUUUUUGUGCUGGGCACCGUUCCAUACCUUUAGUUUAAUGGAGCUUUCCAUGCACUCCUCACUGUACCUACAUGACGUUCUGAAGACCGGCUUUCCUCUUGCCACUAGCUUAGCCUUUUUCAACAGCUGCGUCAACCCCCUCCUCUACAUGCUGGUGGGCAAAAAGGUUCGCCGGCUCCUGAAGCGCUCGUGUCUGGACAUCACAAAGAGUUCUCUGCGGGAGCUCAGCCAGUCCAUCUCUGCAACUGAAUCAUUGUCUGCAGCAGACAUCGGUCCUCCAGAGGAGCCCACAGAAUCAUCAACUAAUCCCACAGUUACCUAUAGCAGAAACCAAAAUAAACUGCUAUUUGACCUUUAAAGAGCCAGCCUGAACAUUAUUUUAGUCCAGAUGUGACUUAUUUUAUAUUCUACUUCAGUGUAACAUUUCUGCUAGUUGUUUGAGUUGGAUACUUCCAAGCUGUAAUUACUUCCAGUGCCAACUUCUGUUGACUAUAAAUUGCCCUCAGAGGAAAACCUGAGUAAAGACUUGCGCUAAAAGUAUAACUUGCACAUGGGAAAACAGGCAACUUUAAUGAUUUGAAAAAAUUAUCUGAUCCUAAUUACCCCAAAGACAAACAGGAAAGGAGGCAGCCUCAGGAACAAGAGUUAUUAGAAGCAGAUCUACCAUUUUCAUAAACACUUUGUAUUUAGAUUUCGGUCUUCAAACAAAUCCAAGUUUAACCCUGAUGGGAAUUUAGGGCUUCUCUUUCAUAUUAUGUUGAAAAGUUUUCCAUUACAAGUUGAUUUGCUGUUGUAGUGUUUUCUGUUAUACACAAGAGACAAAUUCUAUUAGGCCGUUUUUUCUUCUUCUAAUUAUAUUAGGUGUAUAAAUUAAUCUCUAUGUUUACAUGACAUUUUCUAAUAGUGUUCACAUUGUCUUUCACUGUGUGGGAUUUUUGUGGGAAUUUGUAAUCUAUGAGGGAAAUUUGCAAUGCAAUUGAUUUGUUAAUUCUAAUAUACUUCAGUCAAAGGAAUAAACAAUGA